ACUCAAACAUACUUUUUCACCGUUACUGUUCCAGUGUUAGUGGAGACCACAAGUGAGCUGUCCAGCGUCACCGUACACCGUCACUGUAAGAAGCACCACACGUCACCAUCAAGCACUGUAGUAAGUGCACUGUUGCAGCCUCGACAGCGUCACCAUACACCGUCACUGUGAGCAAUACAGUGUCUACUCACCAUCAUGACAGUGUCGUACACACAAAAAGUGUCGGAGUGUCGAGGCUUUGGUUCCUUCUGGCGUCUCUUGUUCAGAUGGCGUGGUAGUAUCUACAAGCUGGUGUGGCCCGACACACUCGUCUACUGUUUCCUCUACUUCAUAUGUUCCAUGGUCUACAGAUUUGCUCUUAACGAAUACCAGAGGAGGAUCUUCGAGCAUCUCUCCCUCUACUGUGACUACUUCAGGAACCUCAUUCCCAUCUCCUUCGUGCUGGGUUUCUACGUCAGCGUGGUGGUGGACAGAUGGUGGGAGCAGUAUCUCAGCAUCCCUUGGCCAGAUGACUUUGCUCUCCUCUGUGCUGCUUACAUCAGAGGCAAGCAUGGAACACCUCGGGCGAUAAGGGCGACGGUACUACGCUAUGUCAACCUGACUUGCCUCCUUACCUUCACUAACAUCUCUCCCAAGGUCCUGAAGAAGUUCCCUACUUACAGGGAGAUUAUCAGAGCAGGCUACGUCACUCCAAACGAGGUAAGAGUCCUGCAGCAGCAGGAGAGAGUGACCAGUGCGGCACUGUCGACACUGCCCCUGAUGUGGUCUUGCCAGCUGAUGGAGAGUGCCAGGACCUCCGGCUACGUCAGGAAUGACUACGGUCUCAACCUCUUGCUCAGCGAACUCACCAGUCUGCGCAGCAAGGCCGGGAUGCUGGUGCGCUGGACGGAUAUCAGUGUCCCCCUGGUGUAUACCCAGGUGGUGACGAUGGCAGUGUACUCGUUCUUCUUCUUCUCCGUGCUGGGUCGACAGUUCCUGGACCCGGCCCAGAACUACACCAACCGCACCAUUGACUUCUUCGUACCCAUCUUCACACUCCUUCAGUUCUUCUUCUACAUGGGGUGGCUCAAGGUGGCCGAGUCCCUCGUCAACCCUUUCGGAGAAGAUGACGAUGACUUCGAUUUGGAUCUCAUACUCGAGCGCCACCUCAAAAUGUCUUACCUGCUGGGUGACGUGACUCCUAGCGAGGACCCGCUGAAUCUCGGUGACCUGUGUUGGGACAAGGUCAUCACGGAGGUCUAUGAAAGGUCAGCCAAUGACCUGGGUCACUUAGCGAGUCGGGAAAACCUCAAGCAUCGCCCUACCAGGAACUACUGUCAAGGCGGCCAAGAAUUUUCCGAUUUCAAGAGUGGCUUGGGCCAGGAUAACCUGACUUAUGACCUGGGUCGAGGUGACCUGGGUUAUGACCUAGGUCGAGGUGACCUGGGUUCAUCAGAGUGUUCCAGGUCGGGGAUCAGUGACUUAAAUCGUCAGGAGAGUUGCAGUGUUCCCUGGAAGGUGACUGAUAUGACUUGUCUUCCAGUUAUGUCUGCCUAAUAACCUAAGACACACAGUGGCUUCAUCAGUCCAAUACAGAGAAGAAUGGUUGAAUGUCAGAAGGACUUUGAGGUAAUCAGUCUCUCAGCCUGUA